AUGGACUCGAUGAUGGACUCGUCGUCGGCUGCGCAUAGCAUCACGCUCGACCCGACCGACUCGCUCUCGUUCGCGCUCGCACUCGGCAGCUCGCCGCAGGUCGCGCUCGUCAUCUCCAACCCGAGCAGCGUCGAGAAUGUGGCCUUCAAGCUCAGGACGAAGCGGCCGACGCGGUUUAUUGUGCGGCCCAACCAGGGCGUGAUCGGCCCCAACAGCUCGGCCACCGUGCUCGUGAUUCUGCAGCAAAAGGACUGUGACGAGCUCCUCCGCGUCGACGAGUCUGAGCGUCAGCUCUCGAACGACAAGUUCCUCGUCCAGUCGGUCGGCGUCGACGCCGAGUUUUGCGAUCUCCUGACGAAAAAGUCAGCGAAGGAGGUCAUGGACGACCUCACGACGCUCUGGGCCAACGCCGAGAAGGAGACGAUCAGCAACAAGAAGCUCUGGUGCCGCUUCGAGCUCGCGCCGGGCGCGCUCACGAGCGCGCUUCUCGAGAGCCCGCCCGAGGCCGCGCCCAAGUCGCUCUCGACGCAGCAGUCGGUGUACGCCUCCACCGCGGAGGACUCGAUUCGACAGGAGAUGAUGGCCGAGAUGGCUGUCUUGCGCAAGAAGUACGACGAGCUUGUGGCUUUUACCGUGCAAUUGACGGCCCAGCGCGAUACGCUCAUGGGCGACCUCGACAAGUCGCGCCAGCAAAACCAGAAACUCACGACCGAGCAGCAGCGAUUGAAGCGGCAGACCUCGGACAUGUCGACCUUGCGCCAGCGAAGGCCCGAAGGCAGCGCCGACGACGCCACGACGGCCGCCGGCAACGCCUCGCCCACCCGCGCUCCGACGGCUGAGGCACCCCCCAAGCCGCCUCUCACAUUAUUCCACGUUCUCAUCUGCGCGAUCCUCUUCUUCCUCAUCGGUCGCUACUACGGCUAA